AUGGAGAGUAUAUUUGAGGAAUUGAAAGCUGGUGAUACAACUUUUGAUCAAUUUUUAGUAUCUGAUUCAAAUGAAAUUGAUUUUUUAUUUAAUGAAACAUUAAAUAAUUUACAAGAUUUAGAUGUUCCAAGUGGAUUUUCAAAUAACAAUUCAAAUAAUAAUGCAAAUAAUCCCUUUUAUCAUUCUUAUCAAAAAUCAAAAUCAAAAACUCAUAGUAGGCAAAUGAGUGGUACUGCAAUAUUUGGAUUUGCAGAUCAUAAUCGUGAAUUUUCUUUAAAUGGUUUAGAUUUUAUGAAACAACCAAUUAGUGUAUCACCUGGAGAAAUUUUAAAACAACAACAACUACAACCACAGUCACAACGAGUACAAUUACCACAGAGACAGCAACAACCACUGCUACUACCACAGCAACAACAACAAACACCAACUCCGCAACAACAACAACACACACCAAAUCAAACUCAAAAACCGUCAGUACCUAGUCAAGAUAUAUUAAAUUUUAAUUUUGAAUCAGAACCAUUACUAGAAGAAGAUGAAGAAGAUCAUACAUUUACAAAAUUAAAUUCAUCACCAAUAAAACAAAUUUCAACUCCAACAAAACCAUUACCACAAUUAUCUCAAACUCAACCAAGAACUAUAAAACAAGAUGAAUAUAUUGUUACAAAUCAAAAUCCAAUAUCAUAUAAAUUUCCACCUUCACCAACUCCUAUUAGAAAUGAUCAAAAAAUUAUAAAUCUGUAUUCUGCAAAAUAUUUACAAACAUUACAACAACAACAACAAAAACAAUAUGUAGAUGAUUUUGAACCACUUUUAGAAACACAUUUACCUUUACAACCAAAUCUACCUCAGCAAUCUUCUCAGCAAUCACCUCAACAAAUUCCACAGCAAGUACCACAACAAUACUCGCAACCAUCUUCACAAAUUCAACAACAAGUUCCCCAACCACAGCCAAAUUUAACAUUCAAUACUUUCUUACCACCUCCUACUCCACCACAACUUUCAAAUGAAUCACCUGAAUGGCAAUCAUCACCAGAACCAUUAUCACCAUCUCCUCAAAGAUCUCAAAUACAUAAUCAACAACAAUUUGAUAUAUCUCCACUACAUCCAAGUUUAAGACAAGAUGUAAAUUUUUAUACACCAUUAUAUAAUCAACAAACUGAUUAUUUACAACAAUUAUUAUCAUCACCUUUUUCAACUCAAUCUUCAUCACCGGUGAAAGAAUCAAUACAACAACCACCACCGCCUCAAAAUCAACCUCUAGCUCAACAUUCUCAAUCACAACAAUCACAAUUCCUUACUCCUACUAAACCAAAACAAAUAUUAGAAUGGAGUCCCGUAAUAAGUCCAAAUUCAAAACAAUCAUUAUCAAAACAAAUUAAAGAUUCAUCCCCCAAAAGAAGAGUUAAAAAAACAAGUUUAUUACCACCAGGAGAAUUAGAUAAUUAUUGGAUUGGACCAGAUGAAAAUAAAAUUUAUAAAUGUACUUAUAAGAAUUGUGGGAAAUUAUUUACCAGAAGAUAUAAUGUUAGAUCCCACAUUCAAACUCAUUUAUCUGAUAGACCUUUUAGUUGUAAAUUUUGUAUUAAAAAAUUUGUUAGACAACAUGAUUUAAAUAGACAUUUAAAAGGUCAUAGUGAAGCUAAAUUAAGUAAAUGUCCUUGUGGUAAAGAAUUUGCAAGAUUAGAUGCUUUAAAAAAGCAUCAAGAAAGAAAUAUAUGUGUUGGAGGUAUAAAAGGUUUAAUUAAUAAACCACUGAAAAAAAAAUUAAUUGAUUUAGAUCCCGUUACUCAAUUAAAAGUAAGUAAUGAAUUAGAACCUAUAUAG